AUGGCUUUGUUAAAAGGCCUCGCCCUUCUUGCAUAUAUUGCAACUGGUGCAAUUUCUUUACCCAUUGAUGGUGAAACAGGACUUGGAGCCAGGCAAGAUAUCUCAAACUUAAAACGCAGGGAUGAAAGUUAUGAUGGGUCAAUCGAUACUUCUGAUGAUGACUUUGACACUAUAUAUGACUCUAAAACUCUAGUAAAAACUACAACUACCAUCACAUUACCUGAGACUACUAUAUUGAUCACUGCAACUAGUACUUCGACUUUUUUUUCAACUACUACUACCACAAGUACUACCACUCCUGAUGUGAUUCUUCCUCCCACCACUUGGAUUCCUCUUCCUGACUGGUCUGAACCUUGUAUCGAUUCUUCUACUGAGUCGGAUUUUAGCACAGAGACUUGCACAACUACUGAAAAUACUGAGUCUACCUCUGAAACUUGUACAACGACGGAAACAACGGAGUAUAAUUCAGAAUCCAGUAUAACUACUAUCGUCACCACUGUGGUUUCUUCUGAAACAUUUACAACUACCACCACAAAGUCAUCUUUUACUCGUCCUCGUCCUCCAAAACCCACUGUUGAUGCAACAAGUACCGCACCAUUAGUUUCUGAAUCUUGGGACUCUUCAGAUACUUUUUUUGAUACUUCAUCUGAGACAUCAUUUGAUACUUUUUCGGAUACUUCAUUUGAUACUUCAGAUACUUCAGAUACGUCAGAUACUUCCGAUACUUCGUUUGAUAGUUUGGAUAGUUCAGAUACUUUGUUUGAUACUUCCGAUGUAUCAGAUACUUCCGAUGUAUCAGAUACUUCUGAUGAAACUACAUCCGGGACUUUUGAUACAUCAGUUGGCACAUCUAGUACAUCUGAUACUAUCUAUUCUGAAUAUAUUACGGACACAUCCUCUGAAGAAUUUGGCUCGUCAUCUGACUCCGAAAGUUUUACAGAAAGCGUCACUAUUGAUAUUUCUAUCCCUACCACUGGACCUGGACAUGAGUUUCCACCCGGACCACCCGGACCACCCGGACCUGGACAUGAGUUUCCACCUGGACCACCUGGACCACCAGGACCUGGACAUGAGUUUCCACCUGGACCACCUGGACCACCAGGACCUGGACAUGAGUUUCCACCUGGACCACCUGGACCACCAGGACCUGGACAUGAGUUUCCACCUGGACCACCCGGACCACCCGGACCUGGACAUGAGUUUCCACCUGGACCACCUGGACCACCAGGACCUGGACAUGAGUUUCCACCUGGACCACCCGGACCACCAGGACCUGGACAUGAGUUUACACCUGGACCACCCGGACCUGGAUCUCCACCUCCUGGCACAAUUGGCCCACAGCCAACAGAUUACAACCCUAAUGAAGACAAUGUGAAUAACAUUUGCACCGAUUGUAGUGACGAAUCUACUGCCACUAGCUGUGAUCCUAGCGAUCCCUGGUGCAGUGAAUAUUGCGAUCCCAGCGAUCCUUCUUGUUGCGACCCUAGUGAUCCAUCUUGUUGCGACCCUAGUGAUCCCUCUUGCAACAAAGAGUUUUAUAUCACUACCUGUUUCUAUGGAGAACCUUGUGCUGUGCCGUUUGAAACCACUACUGUCACUGUAACAACCUGUACAUUUGGAGAACCUUGCAUUCCUUGCAGUAGUGAUAUUCCCACCCCAACAACCGGCCCAGGUCCUAAUCCACCACCCCCAGGACCCCCACCAGGACCUCCACCAGGACCACCAGGACCACCAGGACCACCAGGACCUCCACCAGGACCACCAGGACCUCCACCAGGACCACCAGGACCUCCACCAGGACCACCAGGACCUCCACCAGGACCACCAGGACCUCCACCGGGACCACCAGGACCUCCACCAGGACCACCAGGACCACCAGGACCUCCACCAGGACCACCAGGACCCCCAGGACCUCCACCAGGACCUCCACCAGGACCACCAGGACCCCCAGGACUUCCACCAGGACCCCCAGGACCACCAGGACCCCCAGGACCACCAGGACCUCCACCAGGACCUCCACCAGGACCUCCACCAGGACCUCCACCAGGACCUCCAGGGCCACCAUCUGGGCCACCAUCUAUUGGACCUGAACCUACUCUUCCAGGACCUCCAGGACCACCUCCAGGACCACCUCCAGGACCUCCAUCGAUUGGACCCGAGUCUGUACCUCUGGAAUCUCCUCCACCUAGUCCUGGCCCUGUACCAUCUCCACCUAGUUCUCUUAGCCCUUCAUCUACUGGCCCUGAACCAGGUCAUUCUGCUCCUGCAGGUCCUGCUCCAGAGUCACCCAAAAAAGGGCCUGGGUCUGCUCCAGCUUCGCCAACUUCUGAUUCAACUUUCCAGCAGCCUCCAGUUGUUAAUUAUAAUGGAGGACAAGACAAACUUGUGUUUUCAUUCAACACUAUGGCUGCUGGCCUUGCUGCCUUUAUUGUUGCAAUUAUGUAA